AUGGACGAAUCCAUUGCAUAUUCAAGCUCUAACUGGAGUAGAAGAAGAGCGACCGAACGUUCAUCAGUGCUUGUCAAUCUCCCGGACAGUUUAUUAGUGGAGAUUCUGUGUAGACUUCCUCGCAAAUCGGCUAAUCGAUGCAAGUCUGUCUGCAAACGAUGGCUUUCUUUGAUGUCUACUCCUUAUUUUGAAAGUCAGUUCAUGUUGAUUCGAGAAUAUCCACCACCUCUUGCACUCUUAGUCCAAUACGUUACUGGGAAACGCCGGCGUAAGAGAGGCCAUUUAGUUGUUGUAUCUGAGAAUCCUGUUUUCGGUUCUUCUGGAUUUUCUCUGAGUUUCGUUCCGUAUUACCAAGGAGGUAUAGACGAUGCACUGUACGUUGUAAGAUCAUCACGGGACUUACUGCUUUGUGCGGGACGAAAAAGUAAUCAGCCAAUUUACUACAUUUGCAAUACUAAAGAUCAGGACUGGAUUCGCUUCACUCGUCCUCCUACUGGACGUAAUCAUGUCCGAGUUGGGUUUCUCUCUGAUUCUGAAGAAGAAUGUUGUUUGUCGUCGUCUAUCAACUCUCAACGUAGGUACAAAGUGGUGCGUGUUCCUCAAGUGGAGGGUUGUUCUACCAAGUUGAAUUUGGAGAUAUUUUCAUCAGAGAAUUGGAAAUGGAGUCUAGUGGUUGUUCCGUUUCCACAAGGGUUUGAUCUGAGCAUCAAACCGAGGAAUCGAUUGCCCACGACCACCAAUGUUGUGGCCUACAACGGAUUGCUUCUCUGGUGGAGUAUUGAUCGCGGCAUUGUUGGUUAUGAUCCUUACAAUGUUGACAAUCCUGAAAAAAGUUGGCUUAUAGGUGGAGUUUUGAAGCAUAAUGUUCGAAUGGAUGAAAUUGUGUCGGAAGAAUCAAGUAUAGCGGCAUCUGCAAGGCGAAUUAUACCAGAAGAAUUGAGAGUACUAGCUCUCCAUCCACAUGACUGGGAUAUACUGUAUUUGGUUUACCCCCCAUAUGUUGUUUCAUGCAAUAUGAGGAGGAAAACCUUGGAGGUGGUCUCUAGUGAAUUUCCCCCUGGAAGCAUCUAUCAUGAUAAUUACUCAUCAGAGGCUUUUUCACUUGUUUUCCCUUACCCUCCAACCCCCAUUCCUUUGCCCACACAGGAGUUCUUACACCGUCUCACCUAA